AUUUCAAACACCGCCAUACGGCAUCUACAAGAAUAAUAAAUAGUAAAAUUAUAUCAAGAGCAAGAAACUAGAGUAGAUCCAUAUUCAGAGGCCGAAGGAAGUGCAUAUGACACUCGAACAACCGUUGAGGGCUCAGCUAUACAGCGUCCUUCGGUCAAGCGAUUCAAACGGGAUACUCUUUAAUCUACCCAUGUGGAAGGUGCGCCAGGUUUCGGAUGUCGAUGCGGAGACCCGAUCAGGUGGAGGCUGUAGGUGGGUCGUGAGGUUGUCAGAUCUGGGAUCCCCUGCGUGCACCGCCACCGAUAGAAGCUGCCGGAUGAAGGGGACCACCGCUAGAUCUGUAAACAAAUCAAAAUCAGCGAGCACCUAACAAGAUUUGUAGGAUAGAAUCGAGGGUCGUCAGAUCUGAAAUAUAUAAACUAUACAAGAACACAACGUAAAACAAAACAAUAAGAAAAAACAAGAAAACCAAAGGGGUUACUAAAAAGGAUCCAAAAGCCGACAGAUUCGAAAGGAUCAUUAGAGGAGGGAGCACAGGGAGGCUCCAACGUGCUUAAACAGCCGGGAAGGUCGACGGCUCAAACAUCAAAACUUUGGAAGCUUAAAAGCUUUUGAACAAAACCAAUGCAGCGCUGAAGAAGAGAGGCAGAAGCAUGAGAGGGUUUAUUAUUUUUAUAAACAAAUGAUUAAACGCAUGUAAAAGCA